AUGGGAUCGUUCACUAACGAAGAGGACAAACUCGCCUUCUUUUCGUCCAAGGGUCCCCAAGCGACCAAUGGACCUGCGUACGUCAAGCCCGACAUCUCGGCCCCCGGCUUCUUCACCCGAUCCCCCCCCACGUCGCCGGUGUCAUGGCCCUUCUCAAGAGCGUCGACCUACGACGCCGUGUACAAGUACUUGACUGCCACCACGGACCAGGCGGGGCUCCACACGACCGAGCCAGCGUUUUGGCAGUUGCGCGGUAACGAUACCCUUCCUGGCUCCCCCAACUGCGGCGGCGUCAGCGACUCGGAGUGGCCCAACAACCGCUUUGGCCACGGCCAUGUCAACGUCGGCACCAUCCUGCGCGACGGCAAGCUCAACGACAACCGUCGCCCCACGUGCUAA